GUUCGGCUGGAAACAGGAAAAACUAUUUAUUUUACGUGGUCAGCGAGCAGGAUACUUUCGUCAACACAUGGGGCAGAUCGAAAAUGCAGGGUUAUUUGAUUCAUUUGAAUGAAUUGUGAGGUUUUCUGAACGAGAGCGCAUAAUUUAAACGAUGUACUGUUCGUCAGUGUUACGAAAAUCGUGUCUGCACAACUCAGCCAGGACUUUUAAAACGAUACCACAAAACCUGAAAGGGAAAAGUGCUUCAGAUCAGCGCUGGAUUGCAAGGCAGCUCAACGACCCCUUUGUGAAAGCCGCUCACGGGCAAAACUAUCGAUGCAGGAGUGCCUUUAAACUUCUGGAAAUCGACGACAAGUACAACAUUCUGAAGCCUGGGUGCAGUGUCAUCGAUUGCGGAGCUGCUCCAGGUGCAUGGAGUCAGGUUGCAGUUCAGAGGGUGAAUUCUGCUGGGACAAAUGCAGAUGUUCCUAUUGGCUUUGUGGUUGGGGUGGACCUUCUCCGCAUCCCACCACUAGAUGGAGCCCACUUCCUGUCCUUCAGUGAUGUCACUGACCCGGCCACCCAAACACAGCUGCAAGAGCUUCUCCCCAAAGCCCAGGCGGAUGUUAUUCUGAGCGACAUGGCCCCCAACGCCAGCGGCUUCCGAGAACUGGACCACGAAAGACUGGUGGCCAUGUGUCUGUCAACGGUAGAUUUGGCCGAGAGGGUCCUGGGACCGGGCGGUUCCCUGGUCUGUAAAUAUUGGGACGGGGGUCUGGCCCACCAGGUCCGAAGCAGACUGGCGCAUGCCUUCCGUGAGGUUAGAAUCGUCAAGCCCAAAGCGAGCCGAAAGGAGUCCGCUGAACUGUAUUUCCUCGCAAGGUUUUUCAAAAAGAAUCAAGCUGUUUAAAAAAAAUAAAAACUAUUUUAUAUAAUUA